CCAUGACGACCGUGGCUGGGUUGCCGCAGACUGAGUUGGAAACUCUAGCUGCACGUUUAAGACCGUGUACCUGUCGAAAGAGGCCAUGGGCAGCAAGAAGAAGGAAACUGCCCUGCAGGUCAACAUCAGCACCCAGGAGCUUUGGGAAGAAAUGCUCAGUUCCAAAGGAGUAACUGUUGUUGACGUCUACCAAGGCUGGUGUGGCCCCUGCAGACCCGUGGUGAGCCUGUUCCAGAAGAUGAGGAUCGAGGUUGGCCUGGACCUUCUGCAUUUUGCAUUGGCGGAGGCAGACAGUCUCGAUGUCCUUGAAAAAUACCGCGGGAGGUGUGAGCCGACCUUUCUGUUUUACGCAGGAGGAGAAUUGGUGGCUGUGGUUAGAGGAGCAAAUGCCCCACUGCUGCAGAAAACCAUCCUAGACCAGCUGGAGGCUGAAAAGAAGGUGUUGGCCGAAGGCAGAGAACGGAAAGUGAUUAAAGACGAGGCUCUUUCUGAUGAAGAUGAACGUUUUUCUCACGAAAAGGACGGUGGUGAAGAUGAGGACGUGGUUUCAUCAGAGAAGUCCUGUACCUUGGCAAUCAUUAAACCAGAUGCAGUUGUCCAUGGAAAGACUGAUGAGAUUAUUAUGAAGAUCCAAGAAGCUGGGUUUGACAUUUUAACAAAUGAAGAGAGAACUAUGACAGAGGCAGAAAUGCGACUCUUCUACCAACACAGAGCCGGAGAGGAGGCAUUUGAGAAGCUGGUACAUCACAUGUGCAGUGGACCAAGCCGCCUUCUGAUCCUUACCAGGACUGAGGGCACCGAGGACGUUGUCACCGCCUGGCGAACCCUCAUGGGACCCUGUGACCCCAACGUGGCAAGGAUGAAGCAGCCUGACAGUCUCCGCGCUCAGUACGGCACAGAGAUGCCCUUUAAUGCGGUCCAUGGAAGCCGAGAUGGAGAAGACGCCAGCCGAGAACUGGCUUUGCUUUUCCCCAGUUUUAAGUUUCCAGAUCAAGUUCAAGAAGCCCCUCUGGGCCACGAGGCUGAAGGAGCUGUGGGCCCCACCCAGGUGGUUCACUGCCCUGAGGACGUGGAUUGA